AUGGAUGCUAAUGGAUUCGCUUCGUUAUUUGUUGGUUUUCUCAGAGAGAAGCCAAAGGUGCAUGCAAGAUACCUGGAAGUCAAGCUGAAGAGCGAGAAGGAGCUAUGCCAGAGACUCGGAUUGGAUGACCAUACUUCCUCCAAGGUCGCGGAUGCAGCGUUUCCUUACUUCGCUUCGGUGAUGCUCCCAGAUUGUGACUACCCAGAGCUUGAAGUUUGCUCCAAAUGGAUGAUUUGGAUAUUCCUGUUCGAUGACGAAUUCGACAACGGUCAUCUUCGGUAUGACUCCCAUGCCGCCAAAGCGCGACUAGACAAGCUCAGAGCGACGAUGGCAAACGAACCGUCUGAACAUGAAUCCGAUGGGAUGAUGCGUAUACAUCUCGAGAUCUGGAAUGCGAUUAAGCAAAAGGAUUCCUUCAAUGGAGGAAUGUUGGCCCAGAUCAGAUACCGUAAAGCCAUGAACGGUUACUGUGACGGUGUACUUGAGCACGUGCGAAGUAGCAGCAGACAAGAAGUGCCCACACCAGAGGAAUAUUUGGAAGUGCGAAAGCUCUCGUCUGGGUGCGAGCCGCCCUAUGCACUAGUUGAAUACGCCUAUGGACUGGAACUGUCUGAUGACCAAGUUUGUGAGCCUUCGAUCACAAAACUCAAAGAUGUAUCUACCAGAAUAGCUCUCCUGCACAAUGACAUGAUAUCAUGGCGAAAAGAAAAGAUUGAAAAAGUACUUCACAACUACAUCAACACACUCAUCAAACAAGGCUUUAGCGAAAAAGAUGCAUCCGCAAUCAUGCUAGACAUGGUCGUGGCGGAGCACCAAAAGCUCUCCGACUGUCUCGAAGAUCUUGCUACAGGGAAGAUUACUGAACACCAUAAGAUGGAUAUCGAGAGCGUUCCGCGAAUUCCCCUUGCGAACCUGUAUUGGAGGUAA